AUGUUUCUUCUCAGAUUCAAGUUACGCAAACUAAGGCGUCGUUGUCGAGUAAUCCCUCGGCAAUAUCCAACCUUUUUGGCCUUAUUUAUUUUCUACGUGUAUUCUAUAAGCAACUGGAUGCCUGAAUUUACCACAAGUAACGUUCCGCUUUUGGAUGUGGUCAUGUCCACACGAAGGAUCAACUUGUCUUUGACGGAGCCGUGUCCUACCAACACGCGGGCUACAUGCGAGGGCUGUGUGCCCUGUCCUUCAGAGAUGUUUAGACUUCCCGGAUGGAAAGACUGUAUUCCUUGGUUGAACUGCUCUGAAAUAGCAGUUCAAGUUCAUCUCAGGAGGCGAUUUACUCAUGGAGUGACUAAACGCGUUUGGCGCGCGGAAUGGAAUGGAUACGACGUUGUUUUAAUUAAAUGCUCAUCCCGAAAGAGUAAAAGAGAAAACUGUGUAAAAGGAUUGACUAAUUUGAAGCUCAUUCAGGGAGAAUUUGCAACUCGAGUCAUUGGCAAUUGUCCAGAGAAGUUCCAGGUACCUAAUGCUCGCCGAGUAUUUAAUUUGUAAUGGUGAUUUAUACCGAGUGAAACUAAUAAUUAUAAAUCACAAUCAUCAUCGUUCGAAACGCGCACGAUCGAUAACACUUUUGGCCCCGCUGUCGAAACUCUCAUUCUCAAAACACAGCUCUUUAUAUAACGGCAAUUAAAUAGAUUUUUUCAUUUAAUGAAAGCUUAUCAACGUGCAGCAUUUUUUUAUUGAGUUAUAAGUAAAAAAUUAGCUGUCUUGAACCCGUUCCAUGUUUCUCCCUUACUUUUUUCACACUUGCAUAUUUAAUUUUCCCCCCGGACCAACCUGUUUCCAGCUAAGGUGUUAAUUUCAUGCGCGUUAUUUUAACAUUUGAUCACUCAAGUUGUUUUAAAGGUUGUAGUCUGAAUUUUUACUUCUUUUUGUCUACAACACACUUCUGUCUAGAUAAGUAAGAUUAUCGUCUUGGUUGUAAAUUCUGUCGGAAGCGUCUUGCUAAGUAGACUUGCCUCACCUCUCGAAUCCGCUAGGCGUUAUUAUUCUUCAUUGAACAACAAGUUUGCGGCCGGGUAAAGAUCUGGCACCAAGUACAAAAUCGUCUCUUGAGUGGAGUUUAGACAUAUACAAUGUAUAUUGCAAAGCAUCAGGGGCGGAUCCAGGAUUUUUUUUAAGAGGGGGUGCACUCGUCUCUUGCUCUUCUUCAACACCAAUAGGCCACGUGGUUUUUUUUUUUUUUGCAGAAUACCAGUUGUAUUAGAAAACCGCAGGUCUUCUCAGGGGAGGGUGCGCACCCCCUGCACCCUCCCCCUAGAUCCGCCCCUGAGCAUUGUUUCUUAACAAUAACCUACGGUUAUAGAACAAUAAUUGAGGUACAAGUUUAUUGAAUCAAAUUUAUUUAGAUGUAGUUAGCCGGAAUUCUAUUCAGUUGGAAACCUAUUUUUUUAGGCAAAGAAUUCAGUCAUCUUCAUUGUUUUAGUUUCUUUCUUUGCUUCUUUUUUUUCAUUUUUGCAGAUGGUCACGAUGUACUACAAGCAUGGCACGCUAAGGUUCCUAGACAAGCUCUUGCGUCGUCCCGAGCUAUUUCAUUACAACAAUAUACAAACAAGAUUUCAGCUGUGUGUGGAUUAUGUCAGGGUUUUGGCGUACCUACACAACAGUCCAAUCGGAGUUCGUGUAAUGUGUGAUACACCAUUCCUCGAAAAAUUACUCGAUCAAUAUUUGAUAACAGACGACUUUCACCUGGUUGUCAAUGACGUGGAUGGAUUAGAAGAAGUAACAAAAAAAGGAGCAUGCCACAAAAGACCUGCUAAUGAUUCACUUCAGUCACGAAUGGAAAUGGAGAGUCAGGGAUUGCCAACUGCGACAGAACCACUUAAUUUUCAAUUGAGACCAGCAUACGAUGAAAAAAUUGACAUCUGGAAAAUUCCUUGGGUCGUGGAAAAGUUACUUGGUAGUGUAAAAUGGAGCAGUUUUGCAAAAAGUGAGCUUCAAGAAAUCAUGGAAAAGUGCCAUGCAGUUGAUCCUCGGCAAAGGCCUUCUGCGAGUGAGGUACUACAGGAGAUGUUGAGAGUCCAGGAAUUACUGUCAUUUUGGAAGUAUUCGUCACUGGACGUUGAGGAUCAACUUAAUAUGAGUCAAAACUGA